AUGCCGACUCCUAGCGACAACUCUUCGAUCGCUGAGGCGAUCUCCACUCGCACAUGUCCGGAGCCGGACAGAAUCGCGGCCUGGCGAGACUCCUCAGUACCUAGCCAGCCUGUCGAUAUAAUUUCACCCGACAGUUCCAUCACACCCUCCAUUGAGCCCUCCAUCCUGAGUCGUUCCGGUGAUGGCACUGUCUUAGCGCCAACCAAGGCAGACAAGCUGACGCCCGUCGUUGACGAUGAAUCUGAUCCCAUCCGAGCUACUUCCCCUGCCGAGUCAACAUGCAUUCGUAGUCCGUCUCCGACAGUACCGCAAUCGAGUUCUUCACUUCUCAACUGGGAAUUCUCCAAUGUUCGGCUUUUGCCAAACCACACAUCCUCCUUUCUCCGCUCGGGAAGCAAAUUUGUCGGAACACAGCAAAGCGAUCGUCAAGUUUACAAUGUUGAUGUCGAGAUCAAGCAUGUGGACAUGACUGAAUCCUAUCUUUGCGGCUACCUGCGAAUUCAAGGCCUCACGGAAGAUCAUCCUACCCUGACUACCUUUUUUGAAGGAGAAAUUAUUGGCACCAAACACACUUUCCAAACUCGUAAUGAAGAAUGGGGCGCUUCGGAAAAGACCGACCUGCACCACUGGUCUCGAUUCCCGGCGUGGCGCCCCUUGGCCAAACAAGCUAAACGAGCGGAUUUCACAUACCGUAAUUUCGCCCAGCGUGAGCAUAUAUUUAUGAGAUGGAAAGAGUCUUUCCUUGUCCCCGACCACCGAGUGAGGACAAUCUCAGGAGCUAGCUUUGAAGGGUUCUAUUACAUUUGUUUCAACCAGAUUGAAGGAACUGUCAGUGGUGUUUACUUCCACGCGAAAAGCGAACGAUUCCAACAGCUUGAGCUCAAGCAUGUCGAGGAUCGUGGAUGCGCACCAGCAGUCGAGUUCCGCUGA